UUCAGACCAAAACCAACUUGAAAUUCAGACCAAACAUCAACAGCAUGAAUUGCUGCAGCAUAUGCAGAAUUCUAGGAAACAAAGGCGGUGCUGGUCACCUGAGCUUCAUAGACGAUUUGUCGAAGCUCUUCAACAGCUUGGAGGUUCCAAAGUGGCAACUCCUAAACAGAUUAGAGAAUUGAUGCAAGUUGAUGGUCUCACCAAUGAUGAAGUGAAAAGCCAUUUGCAGAAAUACAGACUUCAUUUUCGAAAGGUUCCGGCUUCUUCAGCUGGGCAAGGAAGUCAAAAUCAGUGCAAUAAGAAAGCAAACAUUUCAGUCAGUUUCCCCACAGUGUCCCCUCUUUGCCAAUGAGCGUGCUAAAGGCCUGUCCAGUACCACUGGAGGCGAUAGCAUGGAUACCGAAGAAGAAGAAAACUCAGAUGGCCGAAUUUGAUAAUUUGUUCCCAUGAAUUUUGCAAUAACAUGGGGGAAACGGAUCAUAAUUACAGCGACUCGGGGUGAUUUUAAAGAGAUUUUUGCAGAUACCAAUUGGACUGUUGGUUUCUCCAUUAAUCAACAUCCUUGUCUGAAUGUUGGAUUUGUAUGAACCAAAAUAACAAUCUUCUGCAGAGUUGUUUCAUUU